AUGGCUGCCGCUGGAGUCAUGCCGCCAGUCGCUGCGCCUGCCCCCGUGGAGGCUGCUGCCAACCCGGUUGUCUUCCCUCCGCUCGCACCCCCGAUAGCCGCUGCCCCUCCAGCUGCCGCGCCCCCGGCUGCUGCUCCUGCAGCUGCUCCAGCAGAAGCUGCCCCUCCUGUUGUGUUCCCCCCGCUGGCACCUCCUGUAUCUACGGCUCCUUCAACGGCGGCCCCUGCAGCCGCCGCCCCUGCUGUUCCAGCAGAAUCUGCCCCUCCAGUGGCGUUCCCGCCACUGGCGCCUCCUGUAUCUGCGGCUCCUCCAGCUGCCGCCGCGGCCCCUCCGGCUGCCACCCCUGCGGCUGCUGCACCUCCAGCGGCGGCCCCACCAGCAGCAACGCCCGCAGCCGCUCCCGCAGAAGCUGCGCCGAGCAAUGCGCAGGCAGAGCACAAG